GAUGUGAAGGGAAGGCACAUCUUUGUGUGGGUGAAGGAGCGUUUGAUUUUAGCUUCAUUUCAGCGCGCUGCUAGGCUGACGCUGCUGACGCCGUUCCUCCGCCAUCUUCAACUUCCUAUUGUUUGCCUCAGACGGAGAGGGGGCUGUAUGCUGCGUGUGGGAGACCUGAGUCGGAGACGGAUUUCUCAUUGAACGGAAGAUAUAGCCCCUGUGCUCCUGGUCUCUCGGGUUCAGUCCAGACCUGUUGUAUGUCAUUGGAAUAAAGCCCCCUCCGAGGACUCGACCACUGAACCCCGACGAUGGACGACGAACAACCCAGAACCCUGUAUGUUGGAAAUCUGUCCAGGGAUGUCACCGAGCCCCUCAUUCUACAGGUCUUCCAACAGAUAGGACCUUGUAAGAGUUGUAAAAUGAUCAAUGAUACGGCUGGAAAUGAUCCAUACUGCUUUGUGGAGUUCUAUGAUCACAGGCAUGCUGCUGCCUCAUUGGCGGCCAUGAAUGGAAGGAAAAUAUUGGGUAAGGAGGUCAAAGUCAACUGGGCCACAACACCGUCCAGCCAGAAAAAAGACACAAGUAAUCACUUUCAUGUCUUUGUCGGAGACCUCAGUCCAGAAAUAACGACAGAAGACGUCAAAGCUGCCUUCGCCCCUUUUGGCAGGAUAUCGGAUGCUCGCGUCGUGAAAGAUAUGGCUACAGGGAAAUCUAAAGGCUACGGCUUUGUGUCUUUCUUCAAUAAAUGGGAUGCCGAGAAUGCCAUUCAGCACAUGGGGGGUCAGUGGUUAGGGGGCAGACAGAUACGGACCAACUGGGCCACAAGAAAGCCCCCAGCCCCCAAAGCCACUUAUGAGAGUAACUCCAAGCACCUAUCCUUUGAUGACGUCAUGAGCCAGUCCAGCCCCAGUAACUGCACCGUGUAUUGUGGUGGGGUCAGCACAGGACUCACAGAGCAACUGAUGAGACAGACCUUCUCCCCAUUCGGACAGAUCAUGGAAGUCAGAGUUUUUCCAGACAAAGGCUAUUCAUUUGUGAGGUUUAACUCCCACGAAUCAGCGGCCCACGCCAUCGUCUCCGUCAAUGGUUCUUCAAUCGAGGGCCACAUGGUGAAGUGCUACUGGGGUAAAGAGACGCCAGACAUGAUGAACUCCAUGCAGCAGGUGUCGAUGCCCCAGCAGAACAAGAUCGGCUUCGCCGCAGCCCAGCCCUAUAACCAGUGGGGCCAGUGGUACGGCAACGGGCCCCAGAUCAGCCAGUACGUCCCCAACGGGUGGCAGGUCCCCACCUACGGGGUCUACGGCCAGGCCUGGAACCAGCAGGGCUUUAAUCACUUACCGGCCAGUGCUGGGUGGACUGGCAUGAGCGCCAUCAGUAACGGUGGGGUAAUGGAGCCCACACAGGGAUUGAAUGGGAGUAUGCUGGCCAACCAGCCUGGCAUGGGAGCCACAGGAUACCCCACGCACUGAUAGGUGGGCAGGGCGGGAGGUUUGUCAGCAACACGGCCCGUUUGAUUGGCUGCACGGCGCCCUGUGUGUGGGCGGGGGAUGUUUAGACUCCGCCUUCCCGGUUUGCAGCAGGACUUAAAGACUCUUAAAGGGAUGUGGAACCUAACAGGGUUCGACAUCUGUGAAAUGUAAAUGGAUUCUCAUUGGGGGUGGGGGGAUGGGAGGGGUAGCGGGAGCCCGGGAGCGCCCACUAGUGGUGGGGAAAGACUGGACAGGGCUCUUACCUUUUUAAGUUAACUGUAAAUGAGUACAAAAAUGUAAAGAAGAAACUUUUGAAAUGUUUUUGUUUGUUGGGUUUUCUUUUCCCCCCCUGGGUUAAAAAAUUCUUCCAUUUUCACAUCUUUUCUUUGACGGCCACUAAAAGGUGGAUAUAUUUUUUUCUUCUUCUUGCGUUGGAAUCAACCCACUCUAAUUUGUGAACUGACUUAUUUGAAAUUUUUAAUUUUUUUUUUUUAAAUUAUUGGAUAAAAUUCAAUUGCAGGGAUUGUUACCACUGCUGUUUCUCCGUAAGGGCAGGUAAAUAUUGCACAGCUUCCACCCCCUCUCUCUCUCUCUCUCUCUCUCUCUGUCUCUGUCUGUCUCUCUCUCUCUCUCGUACUCAGCAGUUUGCUUUCAAGGAGCGUUUCCUUUCUGCAUACCUUUUCUCUUCCUCCUCUUUUUUUUCUGACAGCCUCAAAUCCUUCUCGCCAUGUGUAAAUAACCAUCUAUUGAUUCAUUUGGAAACGAUGUAUGCAUAAAAAAAAAGAACAAAAAAACAAUUGCUACUGUUAACUGUGGGUGCUUUGCUUUCAGUUUGGUUUUGAUAAUUCAACAGUUAAUGGUAACAUUGUACGUAGCAGAGUGGCGCUAUUUAAACGUGACACUGGUACAGUGAACGCAAUUCUUCCUGGCAGGGAUAAGACGGCAUUGCCAUGCAGUGCAUACUUAAAUCUAACAGAGUUCAAAUGUUAAAAGGUGAAUACGUCUGUUCAAAGCUGAUUUAUUAUUAUUAUUUUUUAAUAUCUAUUGAAACGCCAGUAUUUUAUAUUGAAACUGAGUGGAUUCAACCAUUACUCUCGCUCAUUUUGCCAGAGAAUUGGGGAGGCCUACAUCGUAACUGUUGCCUUAUAGAGCUGGUUUCUUUUAGCUGACGAAACACUUUUUAAUUAGGCAGUGCCUACAGACAUUUUCAAGCCCUAUAUAUAUUUUUCUUUUCUUUUUGUUCAGAAAGUUGUUCAGCCCUGAUAACUGUUGACUCUGCUACUGUAAUCAAUGUUUUCUCUUUUUUUUUCUUUGCUUUGUCCAAUUAAAAUGCUAAUGCACAUAUA